GUUGAUUACUCGGUCGGUCACUUCACUUAUUUGAUUGACUUGAUUUCGAGUUACAGCUACGCUACACUACUUCAUACUACACGACACAAUGGUUGGACGACUUGCUGGAAAGAAUGCCCUCGUUACUGGUGCUGCGGGUGGCAUCGGUCUCGAAACUACCAUCCUCAUGCUUCGCGAAGGCGCCUCCGUUCUCAUGACUGAUAUUAGUGCCCCCGGGCUCGAAAAGGCUCUGGCCAAGGUAAACCAGGUGGUUCCUCAGCGUGAGGGCAAGGUGGAGACUCGCGCGGUGGAUGUCUCCAAGGAGGCUGAGGUUGAGGCCGCCGUGGCUCAGCUCGAUGCCUGGGGUGGUUUGGAUGUCAUUUUCAAUAAUGCGGGAAUCAUGCAUGCGAAGGAUGGUGACUCGGAGGAGACCCCCGAGGCGAUCUGGGAUUUGACGAUGAACAUCAAUGUCAAGGGAGUGUGGUAUGGCUGCAAGCAUGCAGUCAAGGCGCUCCGCCGACACGGAAAGAAGAAGGGAAGCAUCAUCAACACGGCCAGUAUGGUGGCUUUGGUGGGUGCCGCCACGCCGCAGCUGGCCUACACCGCUAGUAAGGGAGCUGUCUUGGCGAUGACGCGCGAAUUGGCCAUUGUGCAUGCCAGAGAAGGUUUCCGGUUCAACUCGCUGUGCCCCGCCCCGCUCAACACCCCCUUGCUGCAGGACUGGCUCGGUGACGACAAGGAGAAGCGCUUCCGUCGCGAGGUCCACUUCCCGACCGGCCGUUUUGGAGAGGCCGUCGAACAAGCCCACGCCGUCAUCUUCCUGGCCAGCGACGAGAGCAGCUUCGUCAAUGCCACCGAUUUCGUUGUCGACGGUGGCCUGACCAAGGCGUAUGUGACCCCCGAGGGCCCGGCCACCGAGGCCCCUAAGAACCUGGCUCAAUAGGCAGCUGGGCGCUAUGAGUGAUGAUUUGUAUGAUAGCCUGAUUAGGCAAACGAUAUCCAUAUUUGAUUCCGUUGCAUAG